ACUGUCACUGUCAUCUUCUUGGAUCACAGAAGCGGAUACGGGAGCUGUCUUGUGGAAUCUAAGAAGUACCAGAUCUCAGGAAAACGUGCUUCCAUCUUCUGUCAAAUUGGGAAGCCCCUUGAUUCUCUUCUUCUGCUCUCAUUAUACCGUCCACAAUGUCUGCAACAACUGCGGUGCCUAUCACCUGUGACCCUCUUGCAACAAUCUGUUCUGGAACAGACUGCCUCAUUCCUCCCAGUAACUUCAAUGAAAUUCUGAGCGUGGUGAUGAGCGUGGUGCUCACCGUCAUGCUCUCGUUGGUCAUGUUCGCCAUGGGCUGCACCGUCGAUGCAGAAAAACUGUGGGGCCACAUCAAGAGACCCUGGGGCAUCACCAUCGGCUUCCUCUGUCAGUUCGGCAUCAUGCCCUUCACAGCCUUCGCCUUGUCGUUGGCCUUUCGUGUGCUUCCUGUACAGGCUAUUGCCGUCAUUAUUAUGGGCUGCUGUCCUGGGGGAACCGGAUCUAAUAUCAUCUGCUACUGGCUGGAUGGAGACAUGGACCUCAGUAUCAGUAUGACGGCCUGUUCUUCUAUCCUGGCGUUGGGGAUGAUGCCUCUCUGUCUGCUCAUUUACACCUCCGUCUGGACUUCCUCCAACACCAUCGAAAUCCCAUACGACAGCAUCGGUAUCACUCUGGUGUCCCUUCUUGUCCCGAUUGCUCUGGGAAUGUAUGUCAAACGCAGGUGGCCCGUGGCAGCAAAAAAGAUCCUUAAGGUAGGCUCCAUUGGAGGCUUUUUGCUCAUUAUCAUCAUAGCUGUAAUUGGAGGAAUUCUCUACCAGUCCUCCUGGACCAUCUCGCCAUCCCUGUGGAUUAUCGGAACGAUAUAUCCCUUCAUAGGUUUCAGUUUGGGGUUCUUCAUGGCCCGUUUUGCAGGUCAACCCUGGUACAGAUGUCGAACCAUCGCUUUGGAGACGGGUUUCCAGAACUCCCAGCUGUGCAGCACCAUCAUCCAGCUGUCCUUCAGCGCCACUGAGCUGGAGGUCAUGUUUGCAUUCCCGCUCAUCUACAGCAUCUUCCAGCUGGUGGUGGCUGUCCUGUCCGUGGGAGUUUACCAGCUAUAUAAAAAGAAGUGCGGCGGAGGUUCAAGUGAUGACGACAGUGAGGCUUCCGUGGAAGCUGAUGACAGUGAAGAGAAGAAGAAGCACUGUGCUCUUGACAACAAUGCCUUCGAGUUAUAUGACAAUGUUAGCAGUGAAGAGAAAUCUAAGAGUGCUAACAAGCACACCAAGCUGUGAAGUUAGAAACCUGCAAAGGAAAGACUUGUGACUGGCAGGACGAAGCAUCCAGGACCUCAGCAGCCUCACUCGGUUGUGAGCCCACACUGCACUCUGCAGGUCGGAGGCGUGCACUACACGUCCUCGUCUCAUCAACCAAGGAGGAAAAUGUAAAAUAGGAGGGGUGCAAAAUAUUUGUUCUAGUGUGGCAAAACAUUUAUUAUAAAGGGAUGAUAUUGUAACUGUAACUGUAACUUACCACUGUAACUUUUGCUGCUUUGCUAAA